UUCUGGGUUUUCAGUGGACUCUUCAGCUUCCCAGAGCAACCCAGGUGUGUGCUGGGUGACUCAAGGGCCUUCCUGUUCUGUUUCCCAGGGAUUCUGUCAGAGAAUCAAAUCAGGGAGAAUUUGACAAGGAAAUGUGUCUCAAGAAGCUGGAAGCGAGAAGACAGUGUACUGAGAGGAACCUAGAAGGAGGGUGUGUGGCCGUUCCAAGCAGACAUCUAGAAGGGGGGUAGAAGGGGCUUUACUGGGCAGUGUGUGCUUAGGGGUGACUGAUGGAGCAGAUGUGGGGUAUUUCCUAGAAGGACCUCAUGGCCAGGCAGGUGACAGCAACCCAGUUUCCUGUGUUCUGGGCUACAUGGAAUUCCAGUUGCUCAGACCAGAUGUCCAGACUCCCUGGAAGUUCUCUGAGAUGGGGCAGGAUGACUUGUGGGCUACUGGCCUAGCUCAGCUACCCACAGGCCUAGAGCCUCCCUGAGGAACAAAGGGGUAGAGUAGACCAUACAUGUCCCUUGUGCUUCCCUCCUGGUGUGUGGAGCUGGGGCUGUGGUGCAGAAGCCUUGACCCAGGGGGGAUAGAUACUUGGGAGCAAUGUGCACAACCAUUGGCCCAGGCAUCAGGAAGCUGAGAGCAUGGACAGGAUGCAUGUUGUGGACACUUGAUUUGAGGGGUACUGAGAAGGAGCUCAGAGGAUCCUGUGGCUCCCAGGCCUGGGGUGAAGGUUCUUUUGUUGUUUGUUUUUGGUUUUCAGUUGAGUGUGAGCCCACAUCAUAGGGAGAGCCGGCCUCCAGCUGUCAGAGAGGGCAGGCUCCAGUUUCUCCCGAGCCAGCGGCUGAAGAGCAGGAACCUUCGAGCUGGAGUAGCUAUAGAUCGACUAGUCGGCGAAGACGGGUCAUUGUGAGUCACCUCAAGGUGACAGUGGGAUCAGGAGCAGGGGCUCACUCAGCAGCUCACACCCUGUCAGCAGGCACUACGAGGGGCAGGGCUUGGCCUCUGUCUCCCCACAGCUAUGGACUGACAAUUGGUGCAUGCUGAGGGGCUCUCUCUCUCCAGAGCUGCAGAGAGUGUGGGUUCCACCAUGCUGGCACCAGGCAGUGGCCCAGAGCAGAGGAGCAAGCUUGCCCUGCAGUGGAGGCAGGUCUCCUGGAUCACCUGCUGGAUUGCCUUGUGUGCUGUGGAGGUGCUCCCUGCCUGCCCUUUCUCUUGCACGUGUGACAGUCGCAGCCUGGAGGUGGACUGCAGUGGCCUGGGCCUCACCACUGUGCCCCCGGAUGUGCCCGCUGCCACCCAAAGCCUUCUGCUCCUGAACAAUAAACUGAGCACCCUGCCCAGCUGGGCAUUCGCCAACCUGUCCAAUUUGCAGCGGCUGGACCUGUCCAACAACUUCCUGGACCAGCUACCUGGGUCCAUUUUCCAGGACCUGGUCAACCUGACUGAGCUCCAGUUGCGGAACAACAGCAUCAGGACCCUGGACAGGGACCUGCUCCAGCACUCGCCUCUGCUUCGCCACCUGGAUUUGUCUAUCAACGGCUUGGCCCAGCUGCCCCCAGGGCUUUUUGAUGGCCUCCUGGCUCUGAGAUCCUUAUCCCUUCGCUCCAAUCGUCUGCAGAGCUUAGACCGGCUGACAUUUGAGCCUCUGGCGAGCCUGCAGCUGCUUCAGGUUGGGGACAACCCCUGGGAGUGUGACUGUAACCUUCGGGAGUUCAAACACUGGCUGGAGUGGUUCUCCUACAGAGGGGGUCGCCUGGACCAGCUUGCCUGUACACUACCCAAGGAACUAAGGGGAAAGGACAUGCGUGCGGUCCCCAUGGAGAUGUUUAACUACUGUUCCCAGCUAGAGGAUGAGAACAACUCUGCUGGAGUGGAUGCCCCAGGGCCACCCUGCACCAAGGCUAGCCCAGAGCCUGCUAAACCCAAGCCCGGGGCUGAGCCUGAGCCUGAGCCCAGCACUGCCUGCCCUCAAAAGCAGAGGUACAGGCCCGUGAGUGUGCGGCGAGCCAUUGGCACAGUGAUCAUCGCGGGUGUUGUGUGUGGCAUUGUCUGCAUCAUGAUGGUGGUGGCUGCUGCUUACGGCUGCAUCUAUGCCUCCCUCAUGGCCAAGUACCACCGGGAGCUCAAGAAGCGCCAGCCGCUGAUGGGGGACCCCGAGGGUGAGCAUGAAGAUCAGAAACAGAUCUCCUCUGUGGCAUGAGAGCGGUCUGUCUGGCCCAGGUAGGACAGCAAGGAGACUCCAUGGGACUGCUACCAAAGGGCUGCCCUUCCCUCCAUCACAGGCCCUGCCUCAGCCUGACACUGGUACUGCCUUCCUCGGCUCCCUGGCCCUCGUCUGCCCUCCAGUAGAGCAGCCCACCAGUCUCUUUCCGAGUUUCUAGAAGCUUCCCUUGGCCAAAGGUUCCUGUGGAAGGCCCUCUCUGGGCCCCUGGUCUUUGGAACACCUGAGCUUCCCUGCAGGCUUCUGGCCACAGGGGAGACAGAACCUACCCCAGAAACAAGCUCUGCAUUGAGCACUUCCUGCCCAGGGCCGGCUCAGCUGGUGACCCUCCCUACCUCUUGCUUAUUCCCAUUACAGUCUGCGUUAGGGCCUGAGAGGGAGGGGCAGGGGAGCCAGAGGUAGAUUUCUGUGACUCCUUUUGAAGCUAGAAAGAUAUUCUUAGGUCCUUGCAGUGUGAAGAUUGUCCAACUCUCAGUGGCUGGUGCCUAUGUGCACACACCCCCAGCCCUGUGAUCUGGGUCCAGUGCUUAGAAAAACCAAAGUGACUAUAAUGUCUUCCUUGGGUGGGUACCAUUAGGUCCCUUUAACUGCUCUAGACUCUUCUGAAUACAUUGCUCUGGGUUUGCUAAUUUUAUGUUUUUGUUUUAGUGUAGGGUUUUGAGACAGGGUCUUACUCUAUACACUAAUUCACUGUCACACACAGGGCAUCGCUAAACAAGUCCCAUGGACCAAUCUCUCUCUCUCUCUCUCUCUCUCUCUCUCUCUCUCUCUCUCUCUCU